CUCGUGCUGCUCUCUCCGCACAAUUUCUCUGCGUAGUUCCAGCUUCAGUACCCUGAGGCAGAGCGUCCCGGUGCGCACGGGAGAGCUCGGGCUCCGCGGACAGAGAGGCUAGUGUGCCUUCCGGCGCGGGCUCCGGGAGCCGAGCGCGCGUGGCGGGAGAGGCGAGGGCUGGCGCGCCGCUGUCUGGGGGCCCUCGGCGCGGCGCAGGUGUUGCUUCAUCAUGCGAAAUCUAAAGUUGCUUCGCACCCUGGAGUUCAGGGACAUUCAAGCACCAGGGAAACCUCAGUGCUUCUGUCUCCGAGCUGAGCAGGGUACAGUGCUCAUUGGCUCGGAACAGGGACUGAUUGAAGCAGAUCCGCUCACAAGAGAAGUGAAAAAUGAAAUUCCUUUGGUGGCAGAAGGCUUUCUUCCAGAGGAUGGAAGUGGCUGCAUUGUUGGUAUUCAGGAUUUGCUGGACCAGGAGUCUGUGUGUGUGGCCACAGCCUCUGGAGACGUUGUACUUUGCAAUCUCAGCACACAUCAGCUGGAAUGUGUUGGGAGUGUGGCCAGUGGUAUCUCUGUCAUGAGCUGGAGUCCUGACCAAGAACUGGUGCUUCUUGCUACAGGUCAACAGACCCUAAUUAUGAUGACAAGAGACUUUGAACCAAUCAUGGAGCAGCAAAUUCACCAGGAUGAUUUUGGCGAAAGCAAGUUUAUCACUGUUGGAUGGGGCAAGAAGGAGACACAGUUCCAUGGAUCAGAAGGCAGGCAAGCAGCCUUUCAGAUGCAAAUGCAUGAGUCUGCUUUGCCAUGGGAUGACCAUAGACCACAAGUUACCUGGCGUGGGGAUGGACAGUUUUUUGCUGUGAGUGUUGUUUGCCCAGAAACAGGGGCUCGGAAGGUCAGAGUAUGGAACCGAGAGUUUGCUUUGCAGUCAACCAGUGAGCCUGUGGCAGGACUGGGACCUGCCCUGGCUUGGAAACCCUCAGGCAGUUUGAUUGCUUCUACACAAGAUAAACCCAACCAACAGGAUGUUGUGUUUUUUGAGAAAAAUGGACUUCUUCAUGGACACUUUACACUUCCUUUCCUCAAAGAUGAAGUUAAGGUAAAUAACUUGCUCUGGAAUGCAGAUUCCUCUGUGCUUGCUGUUUGGCUGGAAGACCUUCAGAGGGAAGAAAAUUCCACACUGAAAACCUAUGUUCAGCUCUGGACUGUUGGAAACUAUCACUGGUAUCUCAAGCAAAGCCUGCCCUUCAGCACCACUGGGAAGGGCAAGAUUGUGUCUCUGUUGUGGGAUCUGGUGACACCAUACCGCCUACAUGUUCUAUGUCAGGGCUGGCAUUACCUUUGUUAUGACUGGCACUGGACGACUGACCGGAGCUCAGGAGAUUAUUCAAGUGACUUGGCAAAUGUGGCUGUCAUUGAUGGAAAUAGAGUAUUGGUGACAGUCUUCCGGCAGACUGUGAUUCCACCUCCCAUGUGCACCUACCAGCUGCUGCUCCCACACCCAGUCAAUCAAGUUGCAUUCUCUGUACACCCUGAGAAGAGUGCCGACCUUGCUGUCCUGGAUGCCAGCAACCAGAUCUCCAUUUAUAAAUGUGGUGAUGGUCUGAGUGUCGACCCCACAGUGAACCUGGGAGCUGUGGGUGGAAAUGGAUUUAAAGUUCCUCUUAGAAUACCUCAUCUGGAAAAGAGAUAUAUGAUUCAGUUGGAGAAUAGUGAAGAUCAAGAAGUAAACCCACUGAAGCUCAGUCUUCUCACCUGGAUUGAAGAGGACAUUUUCCUGGCGAUUAGCCACAGUCAGUCUAGCCCGCAGUCUGUCAUUCACCAUUUGACUGUUGUCUCUUCUGAGAUGGAUGAGGAGCAAGGACAACUCACUGUCGGCUCAUCUGUACCAGUGGAUGGGGUCAUAAUUGGUCUGUGUUGCAGUUCCAAGACCAAGUCCUUAGCAUUACAGCUGGCUGAUGGCCAGCUACUUAAGUACCUGUGGGAGUCACCUUCUCUGGCUUUUGAACCAUGGAAGAACCCUGGUGGAUUUCCUGUUCGCUUUCCUUAUCCAUGCACACAAAUCGAAUUGGCCAUGAUUGGAGGAGAGGAAUGUGUCCUUGGUCUGACAGACAGGUGUCGCUUUUUCAUCAAUGACAGUGAGGUUGCAUCAAAUAUCACAUCAUUUGCAGUAUAUGAUGAGUUUUUAUUGUUGACAACCCAUUCCCAUACCUGCCAGUGUUUUUCCCUGAAGGAUGCUUCAUUUAAAACAUUACAGGCAGGUCUGUCCAGCAAUCAUGUGACUAAUGGGGAAAUUCUGCGGAAGGUGGAGAGGGGUUCACGGAUUGUCACAGUUGUGCCCCAGGACACAAAGCUUAUAUUACAGAUGCCAAGAGGGAACUUGGAAGUUGUUCAUCAUCGAGCCCUGGUUUUAGCUCAGAUUCGGAAGUGGUUGGACAAACUUAUGUUUAAAGAAGCAUUUGAAUGCAUGAGAAAACUAAGAAUUAAUCUCAAUCUGAUUCAUGAUCAUAACCCCAAGGUGUUUCUUGAAAAUGUGGAAACCUUCAUAAGACAGAUAGAUUCUGUAAAUCAUAUCAAUUUGUUUUUCACAGAACUGAAGGAAGAAGAUGUCACAAAGACCAUGUACCCUCCACCAGCUGCCAGCAAUGUUCAGUUGUCCAGGGAUUCAGAGGGGAAAAAACUUGACCUUGUCUGUGAUGCCAUGAGAGCAGCCAUGGAGAACAUCAAUCCUCACAAGUACUGCCUAUCAAUACUCACAUCCCAUGUGAAGAAAACAACCCCAGAACUGGAAAUUGUGCUGCAGAAGGUACACGAACUUCAAGGAAAUGUUCCAGCUGUUCCUGAUGCUGUGAGUGCAGAGGAAGCCUUGAAAUAUCUACUGCUUCUGGUAGAUGUUAAUGAAUUGUACGACCAUUCUCUUGGGACAUAUGACUUUGAUUUGGUCCUCAUGGUAGCUGAGAAGUCACAGAAGGAUCCCAAAGAAUAUCUUCCAUUUCUUAAUACGCUUAAGAAAAUGGAAACUAAUUACCAGCGGUUCACUAUAGACAAAUAUUUGAAGCGGUAUGAAAAAGCCAUUGGCCACCUCAGCAAGUGUGGGCCAGAGUACUUCUCAGAAUGCCUAAAUCUAAUAAAAGAUAAAAACUUGUAUAAGGAAGCUCUGAAGUUAUACCCGCCAAACUCACAGCACUACAAGGCUGUCAGCAUCGCUUAUGGGGAGCACCUGAUUCAGGAGCAGUUGUAUGAGCCAGCAGGGCUUGUGUUUGCCCGCUGUGGUGCCCAUGAGAAGGCUCUCUCUGCCUUUCUGACUUGUGGCAGUUGGCAGCAAGCACUCUGUGUGGCAGCCCAGCUUCACUUGUCUGGAGACCAGCUGACUGGCCUUGGUAGAACUCUAGCAGGAAAGCUAGUUGAGCAGAGGAAACACAAUGAAGCAGCUAUAGUUCUGGAACAGUAUGCUCAGGAUUAUGAAGAAGCUAUACUUUUGCUGUUAGAAGGAGCUUCCUGGGAAGAAGCUCUGAGGCUGGUCUACAAAUAUAACAGACUGGAUAUUAUCGAAACCAAUGUAAAGCCUUCCAUUUUAGAAGCCCAGAAAAAUUACAUGGUGUUUCUGGACUCUCAGACAACAACAUUCAUUUGCCAUAAAAAACGCUUACUGGUGGUUCGAGAGCUCAAGGAGCAAGGGCAGCAGGUGAAUCUGGAUGAUGAGGUACACCUUGGUCAAGAGUCAGACCUCUUCUCUGAAACGAGCAGUGUUGUGAGUGGCAGUGAGAUGAGUGGCAAAUAUUCUCAUAGUAACUCCAGGAUAUCAGCGCGAUCAUCUAAAAAUCGUCGCAAAGCAGAGCGGAAGAAGCACAGCCUCAAAGAAGGGAGUCCACUGGAGGAUCUGGCCCUUUUAGAGGCUUUGAAUGAAGUGGUACAAAGCAUUGAAAAGUUGAAAGAUGAAGUGCACAGUAUUUUAAAGGUACUUUUCCUCUUUGAGUUUGAUGAGCAAGGAAGGGAAUUACAGAAGGCCUUUGAGGAUUCUCUGCAGCUGGUGGAAAGAUCACUCCCAGAAAUCUGGACUCUUACAUACCAGCAGACUUCAGCCACACCUGUUCUAGGUCCAAAUUCCACUGCAAAUAGUAUCAUGGCCUCAUACCAACAGCAGAAGACUUCAGUUCCUGUUCUUGAUACUGAAGUUUUUAUACCACCAAAGAUCGACAGAAGAAACCAGUGGAAACUGAGCCUGCUAGAGUGACUGGCCCCAGCUAGGAAGACUCCAGCAGAGAAGACCAGUUUCCACUCACUCCCAGCUGUUCUCCCAGCCCUGGCUCCUUGAGGCCUGGCAGUCGAAAACCAGGGACAUUGCUGAGGGCUGCUGUAUGCACCAGACCUCAGUAUACACCAGGCAGUUCUGUUUUUAUUGUACUUUGGAUAUACAACUUGAUCAUUAGCAAACUUGAAGUUUUAGCCAGUAUAUCAUAAUAUUUUAAAGAUUGCUGUUCUUGUAUGUAGCACUGUGUGAGAGCAUGAUUAUUUAUGACAGUCAUGAGAUUGGGUCUCAUUCCCAGCUACAGAUCACACUGGGACCUUUGACAGAUCACGUAAUUGAUUUGUAUCCCAGUUCUUAUCUGCUAGUAGGGAACGUUUCAUGGCUUCUGCCUCGAAAAUAUGAAGACAAAUAAAAUAAUGUCUUUUUGGUUUUUUUGUUUUCUGAAAUAGGAUCUCACUACCUUGUAGUCCAGGCUGGCUUCAUUCCCCUGUCUCAUCUCCCUAGUGCUGGGAUUAAAGGUAUGUCCAUGACACUUGGUAUAAAAUAACUAGGAGAGCAUUAUAUAUAAACAGACUUUAGUACUACCAACAUUUAGUCAGAUAUAAUCACUUAACUGGCCGAUUUUCACCUUAAACUAAGACAGGAUAAAAAGUAUUAUCUAAUUAGGUCAUGUGCUUCCAAUUUUAAUAGGACUGAGCCUCCAAUGACACUGUUAAGGAGUUAGCAGCAUUUGAGCUGGAGCAGAUUAAAAUUUCUGAAGUAGAAUCAUGAACAUUUGGUAUGGGUAAGCAGUGCACUUUGUUCUCCAAAUACAGCUUCCUUUAACUGAAAUGUUUUUGUCAGUAUCUGGGCCAUCUCUUUUAUUUUUCUUUGUGGUGUUUAACUGAUCUCUGUUUCAUUCAGUUUCCAAAAGAACUUUCAGUUAUUUUCUUUGGAAAAGUGAGAAUGUUUUCUCUUUUUGCAAGUCUGGAAAAAGCCCCAGUUUAUUUUGAUAAGAGUUUUGUGGCUAAUCCUUGGGUAAAGUUAAAAAUUUCUCCCAUGCUUUUAACAGCAGCAGAACCAGACCUUCACUAUUGUGUAAGCAAAGAGGAAAUGCUGUUUUGAUCCUCAGAGUAUAUAUCUACUCAAAAUUAUAAUUUGAGAAGACUUUCCUUAUUAUACUCAGUUCUUUUCAGUACUGGGGUUUGAACUAGGGCCUCUCACUUGCUAAACAGGUGCUCUGCCACUGCCUC